GGCUUCAUAGCUGAUACGCGCCAGAUAUCGUUUAUAUAAGCAGAGGCAGGAAAUAUCCAAAGAUCAUCUUGGACGGCUUCGAGUUCAAAAUGGUGCUGCAAGAUGAGAAAAAAACAAAAUGGCGGUGUGUCAGCUAUGAAAAAACCAAAUGCAGAUCCGUCAUUUACACCACCGGCAAAAAGGUCAAUUGUCGUCAGACGCAUAACCACCAGGCAAAACCGAUCGAUCCGAAGACUAUUCUUGUUCCACAGUAUGUCAAGAUUGUCAGAAGUUAGAAGAUAAGUUUGAAAAAUGAGAUCUAAAUCAAAGACAGAGUACAUAUGUGUGAUGACUUAUUUAUGUUAAAAGUUCGAUAGCGUUAUUUUGAAUGGUAUUGUAAAGUUUCACUUAUGAAAAGUUUGUACACUUAAGAAUUAUGUUUUUUUUGUUCGGUACCGUGGAAAUAUCAGUAAAGCUUAUAUCUAC